CUUCUCACCAUUUCCAGCGAGUUCACUCGAGCCACCUACAAUAACUUCUCGAGAGUUGGAUGGGCUCUAGCAGUAUCAUGGGUCAUUGUGGCGAAUCAUCUCGGAUGGGGAGGACCUAUUGCCACUUUUAUGGAUCAUCCCCUAUGGAAGCCAUUGGGAAGAUUGUCAUACUGUGGAUAUAUUGUACAUUUCUUUGUGAUCCACUAUGUUUUCAACCUCGAUGAUAGACCAGCGCAUUACGUUUCCAUAUGGCAAACAUAUGUCUACAGAGUGAUUCCCAUCAUUGUGCUAUCGUACAUAUUUGCAUUUAUUUGGAGCUGCCUUUUCGAAGGUCCUAUUAUAAAACUGGAGAAGAUACUGUUUGAAAGCAUCUCACCGACAAGGAGUGAAACUAAACCAAAGCGUUUCGUAGACGAGAAGAAGAAUGAAGUGAUAUACGCUUACAACAAUCAGCCACAGUUGACAGCGUAUCGUAUCAGGCUGUGA